UUAACAUCUCUCUAUAUAUAGAGCUUCUGCUGCAGUAUCAGGACUAGGGUUUUACACAGCGGCUGCUCCUGUUCUCUUCGUCUUCUUGCUCGGAAAACCCCCGUCACCGUCGAAGAAACUCAGCUUUGCAACCAUGGGGAAGACACGAGGUAUGGGAUCUGCUCGAAAACUGAAGUCCCACCGAAGAAGGCAAAGGUGGGCUGACAAGGCGUACAAGAAGUCUCACCUUGGUAAUGAAUGGAAGAAGCCAUUUGCUGGGUCUUCACAUGCCAAAGGCAUAGUUCUUGAAAAGAUUGGUAUUGAAGCCAAGCAGCCAAACUCUGCUAUCAGAAAAUGUGCUAGAGUUCAACUGAUUAAAAAUGGGAAGAAGAUUGCUGCUUUUGUUCCCAAUGACGGUUGUUUGAACUAUAUUGAGGAGAAUGAUGAGGUUUUGAUUGCUGGAUUUGGACGUAAGGGUCAUGCGGUUGGAGAUAUUCCUGGUGUUAGAUUCAAGGUUGUGAAGGUCUCCGGUGUCUCCCUACUGGCACUCUUCAAGGAGAAGAAGGAAAAACCAAGGUCUUAAGUUUGCAAUGGAGACUACUAUAGUUUAUUUCUAGUUCCUCUAAAAGACUUGGAAUGGCUUUCCUUUGUUUUUGAGUGGAUAUGGCGAACAACUUUUUAUCAUUCUAGUUAUUGUAUUGAAUAUUUCUUGUUUUCAAAUUUUGCCCAAGAUUAUAUGGUGCUUCCAGUUA